ACAAGAGAAAACUUUGGACAGCUGAAGAUCAUUUAAAUCUUUUGCUAAGUCCUGAUGCUUUGGCACCAAGUGACACCACUUCUCCUGAUGAACAAAAUAUCGAUUUACCAACAUGGUUCGACGAAGAAAAAUUUGCCAGGGGUCAGAAAUAUUAUUACAAAAAUUCGUACGGCAUGUUCGUGGGAAAGCUAUGCGGCCUGAUAGCAGUGCUGGCCGUGCCGACGAUUCUGAGGAUCCUCAUGUUCACUCAGAGGUCGUCGGUACCGUUUACCGCCUACAAGAGGUACAUCGCAACAUUACUUCAUACCACUUUGUGGUACGAUAUUAAAUUGACGAAGGAUUCGAGAUCCUGGAAAUCGCUUAUACAAGUGCGCAAACGCCACUUCCAGGCUGGACAAUCAGCCUGUGCCAAAGGUUUAGGGUCUGUGACCCAAAAGGACUUGGCAUUGACCCAAUUCGGUUUUAUGGGCUUUAUUUUGAUAAGACCAAAAUUUCUGGGCAUACAAUGUGACGACAAAAAAGACCGAGAGGCUUUUGUACACGUUUGGAGAUGCGUUGGGUAUAUGAUGGGGCUGGAAGACAGGUUUAAUAUUUGUCGCGACUCUUUAGAAGAAACUGAAGACUUAUGUGAAGUGCUUUUGGCAAAAUAUUUUGCACCGUUGUUGUCAACGUACAACAAAGAUUUUGAGGACAUGUCCAAAGCACUUUUAGAAGGCAUGUGGACCUUUAACCCCUUCAUCCACUUUACAACUUUCAUGUACUUUACGAGACGUCUAUCUGGUGUACCAGAGUACAAAUUUCCUUUACCAAACAUCGUGGACAAUCAAAAAAUUGGUAAAACCAUGCAUUGGUAUCCAAAAGCAUUAUUAUUUUUCAUGAUUUACGUUUUGGAGACAACUCUGGAUAAAAUUCCUGAAUCCGAGAUAACUUCUAAAGUUAUUGUUUCUGAAAGUUCAUCACAGUUUGAGUUGAUGUAUGAAAUCAAAGCUGGAGUUUUUUCCGAUAAAAGCUUGAACAAAGGGCUCAGGACAAUCCGGGACAAAAAUUUUGAAUUUGAGACAAUUAAUGGUUUUUGUCUAAUCUGGACAAAGAAUGCAAAUUCAAACGGUUAA